AUGUCUGAUGAAAAUUCAUAUAGGUAUCAACCAAGUGUUUUCAUUGGCGCUAACAAACGCCGGAUCGCAGAUCCCCACCAUUACUUCGGCAAACAUUGCUGGGUCACUGUGAAACUCCCAGAAGGAAUGUCUUACCAAUCCCACACUGACAGCGAGGUCAUGAGCUACGUGUAUAUGAGGAUCCAGAAUGGACAAGUCUUUUUCGACGGCGAACCACAGCACAGCAGGGGGAAGAAAAGUAUCUCGCUCCCAAUUCGAUGGGAUGAGCCCUACCCACAGGAUGAGGACGUACUCCUACUUGAGGCUAAAAAGCUUGCUGCGUGGUGGCUCCAUCACGUUCGUAAAACCACAGUGACCCUAGACCAGCGUAUGAUUUUCGAAACAGCCUUUCCUUUCGAAGUGCCUGCAUUGUCUAUGGUGGAUGUUCCUGUUUCUUGGGAGAGGCCGUUUAAUGCCCCGUGGUACUAG